AGUAAUAAGUUCAAAGCUUAGCGCGACGGUUGUCGUUUGUUGAUGCGCGUCGCUUGGUGGAACUCAGAUCUCGACUCGUCCCGACUCUCUCUAUCUAUCACUCACUCUCUCUCUCUCUCUCUCUCUGUCGCACGUGCGAAUGCGAAACGUGCGCGGCUUCGAUUUAAAUUAAGUAAAGCUGCAGCUUAACUCAAGUGCCGCUUUUAAAUAGAGCAACAAUUAAUAGGCAUAGCUAAUAGUAAUUAAUUCAAAAAUUAGCCAAAGUGCGUGCUUGCUAACUAGAGGCCUAACGGUAACUCAAGCAGAGACGACAUCCAAAGAGUAAUUGCCAAAAAAGAAAAAGAAUUAACUGUAAAGUGCGAAUUAUAAACUGUGUGUAAAUAGAUAAAAAGCAUUUGGUUAAUUAAUGGUUCAGCGUAUCAGUGUCGAUAAACAAACCCAGUUAAAUACGCUCUAAAGCCAAAUAAAUAAAAAUAAAUAUAACGGUAUGUACGCGACGAAAAACGUGCGACCGCGCAGCAGCCUCUCUACAGACGACAAUCAUCGGAUCAAGGACACAAAUCGCACGCAGAACAAAUCGCCGAGCAACACGGUUCUCACUUUGAUCGCGUUCUGUGUAUUUCUGCUGGUGCUGUGCAGUUUUCUGUUGGGCGCCUUGGUUUAUGUGGGCAAGAAUAUUGCCGAGGAGCAUCAGAGGCAGCAGGCGGGCGGCACUCUGGCCGUUAUAAACGAUACCAUACGCACCAUAUAUGUUGAUCGUGAUCAAUUAUUGUCGACAAAGCCAAUUUUGAGUGUGAUCACAGAUAGUCGCGGCUACACCACCCAAGUACCCACAACGAAGAGAACGAACCAAGCCAUGGCUGCCAUAUCACCCGAGAUAAGAACUGCCAGUCGAGUGUUGCAAAAACUUGGCUUUCGAUUGCCAAAGUCGCUCAAGCCACGAAAAUACAAUCUGCAUUUAAAACCGGAUUUCAGUACAAAGAGCUAUACGGGCAACAUCAGCAUCCAUCUGCAAGUGCUGGACCCCAUUGCCUUCAUACCGGUGCACACCAAACAGCUCAAUGUGAGCCAUGAGCAACUGCAGCGCUUGGAUGAUUCGGGUGCUCCUCUGACGGAGAUCAAGCCUAGUCUGACGUUCAUUCAUCCGGAAUACGAGUAUUGGGUAUCGGAAUUCGAGCAGCCGCUGGAAGUGGGCAACUAUACGUUGCGUCUGCAGUUCAAUGGCUCCUUAGUCGAUCGCAUUACGGGCCUGUAUCAAAGUUCAUACUACGACAGCCUGCAGAAUCGCACCAGAUGGAUUGCCAGCACCAAAUUUGAGCCGACCUAUGCACGGCUCGCCUUCCCCUGCUUUGACGAGCCGCAUCUCAAGGCACAGUUCAUCAUCACGGUCGCCCGGCCCAGUGGCGAUGAGUACCAUGUGCUCUCCAACAUGCCAAUCGCUAGCGAGGAGGUCGAUGGAGAUGUGACUGAGGUGACCUUUAAGCAGACAUUGCCCAUGAGCACAUAUCUGGCGGCCUUUGUCAUAUCGGACUUUGCCAGUACGACAACUAAAAUUGGAGAAACUGAAAUUGAUUUGCGUGUUUUUGCGCCACCCGCACAGGUGCAGAAGACACAAUAUGCACUGGAGACGGGUGCUGGCGUUACGGCGUAUUACAUUGAUUAUUUCCAAGUUUCGUAUCCGUUGCCCAAACUGGACAUGGUUGCCAUACCCGACUUUGUGUCCGGUGCCAUGGAGAACUGGGGUCUGUUGACCUACAGGGAGACUGCACUGCUUUUCGACGAGUUAACCAGUUCCAGCAUUAACAAGCAGCGUGUCGCGACUGUUGUUGCCCAUGAGUUGGCGCAUCAAUGGUUUGGCAAUUUGGUCACGAUGAAAUGGUGGAACGAUCUGUGGCUAAACGAAGGCUUCGCCACAUUCAUUGAGUACAAAGGUGUGCACCACAUGCAUCCUAAUUGGGAUAUGCUGAACCAAUUCGUUAUUGGGGAUCUGCAUCCAGUUUUCAAGAUUGAUGCCACUUUAGCCUCGCAUCCCAUUGUCAAAUCCAUUGAGAGUCCAAAUGAAAUAACGGAAUACUUUGAUACGAUUACGUAUUCGAAAGGUGCCGCUUUGGUUCGCAUGCUGGAGCAUCUUGUGGGCGAAGAGAAUUUCAGGAAUGCCACCAAACGUUAUCUGGAUCGCCAUGUGUACAGCACUGCCACCACCGAUGACUAUUUGACCGCCAUCGAAGAGGAAGAGGGUAUCGAAUCGGAUGUGAAACUAAUCAUGCAAACGUGGACCGAACAAAUGGGCUUCCCCGUCGUUAAUGUCGUCAAGGAGGGCAAUAAUUACAAAUUAACCCAGAAACGUUUCCUCGCCAAUCAGGAUGACUAUAACGUUCAAGUCGAACCAUCUUCCUUCAACUAUCGCUGGUCCAUUCCUAUCAUCUAUACAACAAGCGGCGGCAGCAUCGAACAUUUAAUAUUUAAACAUAUCGAUAAUGAGGCUGUCAUUAACGUGCCAAGUGCUGUUAGCUGGAUCAAGUUGAACAAGAAUCAAGUGGGCUACUAUCGCGUCAACUAUGACGAGGAUCAGUGGACAGCUUUGGCCACAGAACUCAAAACGUCGCGUGAAACUUUCAGCACGGCAGAUCGUGCCCAUUUGCUGAACGAUGCGAACGCUUUGGCAGAUGCUGGCCAGCUGAGAUAUCCAAUUGCACUGGAGCUGAGCACAUAUCUGGAGAACGAAGUCGACUACGUGCCCUGGAGCGUUGGCACUGCCUCUUUGGGGUCUCUCAAGAAUCGCGUUUACUACACCAAUCUGUAUAAGGACUUUACGCAAUAUGCGCGCAAACUUUUGUCGCCCAUAGUGGAGAGGCUCACCUUUGACGUCGGCACAGAUCAUUUAGAAAACUCACUGCGGAUCAAGGUGCUGAACUCUGCCUGCAGCGUUGGCCAUGAGAGCUCACUGAAGCAGGCGGCGACGCUGUUUAACCAAUGGCUGGCCAAUCCUAGCACACGACCCAGUGCCGAUGUACGUGACGUGGUUUAUUACUAUGGUAUGCAGGAGGUCAAUACGGAGGCCGCCUGGGAUAGUGUCUGGCAGUGGUAUCUUGGUGAGACCGAUGCUCAAGAGAAGCUUAAGCUGAUGAAUGCACUGGCGGCUGUGAAGGUGCCUUGGCUGCUGCAGCGAUGCAUCAAUCUGGCGUGGGACGAGAAAAAUGUGCGCAGGCAGGACUAUUUCUCGUUGCUCGGCCAAAUUUCGGCAAAUCCCGUCGGUCAGAGCCUCGUCUGGGACUAUGUGCGUGAGAACUGGCAACAGCUUGUCGAUCGCUUUGGCAUCAAUGAGCGUACGCUUGGCCGCUUGAUUCCCACCAUCACUGCCCGUUUUGCAACGCAAACAAAGCUGGAGGAGAUGCAGCAAUUCUUUGAGAAAUACCCAGAGGCGGGCGCUGGCACUGCGGCGCGUAAACAGGCCCUGGAAACGGUGAAGGCCAACAUCAAAUGGCUGGAACUAAACCAGGAUGAAGUUGGCAAAUGGUUGGCCAACUAUGUGCAGCAGUCAACGGCUACCAAUCGCAUCAAUUGAGCCUGAGCCUGAGCCUGUGCCUGGGCCUGAUCCUGGGCCUGAUCCUGAUCCUGUUAAAUAUCCUUAAUGUAAAAAUAACUUACUGGUUUUUUAAAUAGUCUUAGCCAAUGCAUGCAGUUUGAUUGCAUUGCGUAUGUGAAUGAAGAUAUUGUGAAUAUUAUGAUAUUUUUGGAUUAAAAUACAUAUUGAAAGAA